AUGACGCUUUACAUUGCUCGCGAGGGUUCCAAGCUAUGGAGGAAGGUUUGCAUGGAGACGUCUGUGGAACUUCAGCUUCUGCUCGAGAAGUGGAAGCUUCUUCUUGCAGGACUCAUUUUUCAGUAUAUUCAUGGAUUGGCUGCUCGAGGAGUCCAUUAUUUACAUCGUCCUGGACCAGCUCUUCAAGAUCUUGGAUACAUGGUCCUUCCGGAACUUGGGAAAGAAAGAGGUUACAUCAGUGAGAGUUUAUUCACUGUCAUCUUUUUGUCUUUUGUACUGUGGACAUUUCAUCCUUUCAUAUACCACAGCAAACGCUUCUACACUGUUCUACUCUGGCGCAGAGUGUUGGCAUUUUUAGUUGCUUCUCAGGUUUUACGAAUCAUUACGUUUUAUUCCACCCAACUUCCUGGUCCAAAUUAUCACUGUCGCGAGGGUUCAGAGCUUGCUAGACUGCCCAGACCAGAGAGUGUAUUUGAAGUGCUUCUCAUUAACUUCCCACAUGGAGUCAUUUAUGGUUGUGGUGAUUUGAUAUUUUCAUCACACAUGAUAUUUGCGCUGGUGUUUGUGCGUACAUACCAAAAGUAUGGCUCUAAAAGGUUUGUCAAGCUGCUUGCCUGGUUGCUGGCUAUCAUUCAGAGUGUCCUUAUAAUAGCUUCACGCAAGCAUUACACAGUAGAUGUUGUCGUUGCAUGGUAUACUGUAAAUUUGGUGGUAUUCUUUGUUGACAAGAAACUACCAGAAAUGCCAGAUCGAACUGGUGGAUCCCCACCAGUGUUGCCCUUGAGUGUCAAAGAUAAGGACAGCAGGGCCAAAGAAGAGAACCACAAGUUGUUAAAUGGGAAUUCAGGAGAGACUGCUGAUUGGAGACAGAGACCACAACUAAAUGGUAUGCAUGUGGAAAAUGGGAACCAUGUCCAUUCUGAAGCAAUGUUGAAUGGUACAUAGGUGAUGUUGAAUGCCAUUGCUAUAACUCCUCUCUCAAAGGAAUCAGACAGGGAAGGUGCCUGGUUUCUCUUUAGGCUAAAGCAUUGUUUUCGUCGUCAUAUGUAAUGGCCAGGCAGCAUGGUUGCUCGGUCCAUAACCUCAAUAGGAAGCAGAAUUUUGCUUUGGCCGGUUACAGUUUUGCUAGUCACAUGGUAAUUAUGCCUACAUGUCAUUUAGUUUUGUUCGGUUAGAUUCCCUAGGUCAUUUUUAAAGCUGUUAAAGAAGUUUGUUCUUAUCUUGGUCGGUGCAGCAAUAUGCAUAGUUGGAUAUGUUCUUUAAUUAUAUAACCUUGUUAUAUGUUCUUUUGUAAAUGUUGUGUUUCGCUAUUUAGAGCUCGAACACGGGAAAUACUGCACUUGA